AUGAUUUCCCAGUUCAUCGUAACAGUGCCAGUGCUCCAAAAUUCAUCCACCAUAUAUAAUAUCAUGUCAUCUUUCAACUCAACUAUUUGGUAUUAUUUUCAAUAUUCAAAUAUGUCUAAUUCUCACUCCUCUUUAUGGCAGUCAACCUCUAUUGUUUGCCUUGGACAUGCGAAUGCAAUUAAAGACGACGUUCAAAUUAAUUACUAUGCCUCCUUCUAUUUGGCGAAAAUUUCAGAAUUAAAAUGGUAUUUUCAUAUACCUUUCAGUCUAAACAGUGGUGCAUAUAAAACCUGCAUUUUUUGA